AGCGCGAGGCUCGAGGCGCGAGGACAAUUUAAACUGAAGUUGACCGUUGGUGAAAACGUCGGUUGGGCGGCUUCUCGUAAAAUCUUCAUUUCAGUGUUAGUUAAUGGUGGUGAUUCAUAUGUGGUGUGAACGUGGUAGACUAGUAGGUCUUCUGACCUGCAUCACUAGAGCAAACCAGCCGACAAUCAAAUUUAUCUUCAUGAUCAGGUCUCAGUGGGUCUGAACAGGAUGCCAGUUCUCCAUAAGGCAAGUCAGUCAGUCGCAUCUAACAGCCACAGUCUGCAUCUUUUUUGGGAGGUGGGAGAAAACCGCUAAGGAAACUAAGGAAAAGACACCAUCACUUCAAAUAGUACCAAAUCAAAUGCCCCACCCAGUUCUGAUUUCCUCUGCCACAGUGGGUCGGGUGCCAUGGAGAGCUCGUCGGUGGCAUCGGCGUCAUCAGAGGCGGGCAGCGCGCGCUCACAGGAGAUCGAGGAGCUGGAGCGGUUCAUCGACAGCUACGUUCUGGAAUAUCAGGUGCAGGGACUCCUGAGUGAGAAGAACGAGAACGAGAACAACAGCACAGACAAGUUCCAGUCCAACCUCUCCCAGUGGACAGAGGAGUACAGUGACAAGAUAGACGUGAGCUGGCCGUCCUCACAGGACAGAGGAUCGUUUAAAGUGGAUGAGUGGGAGCACAGCAGUAAUGGCAGUACAGGUUCCAGACCGAGUUCAGGCUCACGGCCUGGGUCUGGUUCUAGGUCAGGCAGCCACGGUCGCAACAACCAGUUCUGUGCACCAUCUAAGAACGGAAACAGGGACGGCUCGUUUGACAUACUGGGCACGGACAUAUGGGCCGCCAACACAAUGGACUCCUACGGAGGUGCUACCUGGGACCUGCAGCCAGAGAAGCUUGACUUCUCUCAGUUCCACAGAAAACAGUACAGAGGAACACCAAAACACCUUCCACACAUCGACCGCGAGGGAAUGAUUAAAAACACGUUCGAUGACGACACCAUUGAUCUGAACGAAAUGGAAAAGUUCCUGCCCGGCCUUCCAGUGUUCCCGCCGCUGCCUAACGAAGCCGAGAUUGCUCACACAAAAAAGCUGUUCCGUCGGAGGCGGGUCGACCGGCGACAUGCUGAGGCACUAAAGGAUGAGCUGACAGUCAUGCUGCCUGCCGAGGGAAGACGGCAAGUGUCCAGGAGGCAGCAGCGCCCUCCUGGGGGAGGAGGUGGAGAUGGUGGAGGUGGCAACAAAUCCUACAGUCCGCAGCAACAGCAUCCUCCACCUCCACAACCCCAACUGCAUCAGCAGCAACAGCCUACCAAUCAAACGCAACAGAUCCUUCCUGACCCUCAAUCAGACGUCCCCAACAGCAAACACGGAGGCCGAGGCUACCAGCAGAGCCGCGCUCAUCACCACGGCUACAGCCAGAACCGCCGCUGGAACCAGCAUCACAGACAGCAGAACAACAACACCACGCAAGCUCAGAGAAACGCCAAAGAGACCGAGAGCGUGAAGGAGGAAGAGGAAGGAGCCAGGACGGACAGAGUGAAGGAGGAGACGAGCCGAGAAAACGAGAAUAAGAAAGAAGCAAAGCAGAAGGACAAAGUCAGUCUGCUCCAGUCCUCCAAAGAGAGGCUCAGAAAGAGGCUGAAGGACAAGGAGGAGGUUCUCGUGACCAGGCCCGGACCUCAGAGGAACCACAUGGACAAGCUGCUGGAGAUUCUAAACAACAUGAGGAGUAACAACAGUGGCGUGGAGGCACAGCUCACCACUUUCAUGGAGGAGGCGCAGAGCUCGACCCAGUCUGAGAAGACGCUCACCGAGAUCGUCCAGACCAUCUACGGGAAGGCCGUCCGAGACCGAGGCUUCGCCGCCACCGCCGCCAAGCUCUGCGACAGGAUGGCGCUCUUUAUGGUGGAGGGCACCAAGUUCCGCUCGCUGCUGCUCAAUAUGUUACAGAAGGACUUCACGCGGAGAGAGGAGCUGAAGCGGACCGAUGUGGAGAGCUGGCUGGGCUUCAUCACCUUCCUGUGCGAGGUGUUCAGCACCAUGAGAAGCAGCACAGGGGAACCGUUCAGAGUGCUCGUCUACCCCAUCUACACCUGCUUAAGAGAGCUGCUCGAGUCGGUGGAGGUGAAGGAAGACGCGGUGCUGUGCUGUUCGAUGGAGUUGCAGAGCGCCGGCCGGCUGCUGGAGGAACAGUUGCCGGAGAUGAUGACGGAGCUGUUAGCCGCGGUGAGGGAUAAGAUGCUGAGUCCGUCAGAGUCUCGGCUCACGCGCUCGCUGCUGAUGGAGGUCAUCGAGCUGCACGCUCACCAGUGGAGCCCGCUGGAGGAUCUGACCGCACAGUACUACAACAGAACCAUCCAAAAACUGACCGCAUGACCCCACACAGGCACAAACGUGCGUUUCAGUAGAGCCGCCUGGAGGCCUGAGCAUUCAGUACUACCAAUGGAUCAUCCACCACCAGAUCAUGUGAUGCCCCCCAGCCAACCACACUAACACACACACGUAUAGCUGAGGUUUUGGAUGAUUGGAUGGAUGGAUGAUUGGAUGGAUGGAUGGAUGGAUGUGCAAAUAUAUUAAUUCAUAACUAGGAGAUGGAUGAAUUUGCCAGUGAAUAAAUGAGAAAAUGUGUGGAUAUCUGGAUGACAGGAUGGAUGUACAGAUGACUGGUUGGUUAAAUGUAUAGAUGGAUGGAUGGACGAGUAACUGGAUGAACAGAUGUGUGGUAACUUGGUGGAUGUAUAAAUGGUUAACAUGAUCAUUACACAUCAAUUAUAUUGAUGAUUUAUUGUGAUGAACAGCUGGAUCAGUGGAUAAUUCUGUAUCUGGAUGGAUAGAUGUAAAAAAUGUGUAACCGGUUGAACGUUUGAAUGAAUGGAUGGGUUAUGUUUGGAAAUACAGUUGAAUGACUUAAUUAAUAGAUGGAUGGAUGGGUUAGAGUGUUUGGAAAGCUGAAUGGAUGGAUGAAUGAUUACCAUAGAUCUAUGGGUAGGUAACUAUUAAUGGUUAUAAGCUAUAGACGAAUAGGUAACUGGCAAGUCCAGGGUUCUGUGGGUCAUUUGAAGCUUUUAAUACGCUGGUGCAUCUUUAUUAUUUCUUCAUGAUCAUCCAGUAUGGUGACAGUAUGGUUCAGAGGGUUCAAACUUCCCUCUUGGUCACUGUAAGGAGGUUUUUCCCUGACCCUUCGACAUGCUAAAGGUCUAAAUUGCUCUGAAUUGCUUCAUUGGAGUAAGCAAUGUUGCACCCACUGCUUCCAGUAGGCACCAAAUGGAGCGAUGGAUGGAUUCUUAGAUGGUCGAGUGUAUGAAGCGUACUGCUCGCUCAAUGGAUGAACGUAUAAUUGAACGGAUGCUUUUAUGAGCGCAUAAAUGGCUCGGAUGGAUGUAGCGCAGACGUAUUUAGGAUUUAAACCCGGGGCGGAAGGUGAAAGGCUAAUCACAUGCAGAUCUGGAUGAAUAUGUAUGGCCGGUAAUGAUAGGCUGCAGACACCACUCCAGACGCUAUUACAUUAUAAACAUGAAGAAAUACACAUGCAUAAACAUGAGCCGCAUUAGCUAAUGAAUCAUCACGCAAAAGCAGCUGCACACGCGUACAAGAACACACGAGUAAACACACAUCGACUGGUGUAUGAAGAAGACCAAACUUCACUUAACUCUUAACACUCGCACCUACAAGGACACGCCGAAUGCUUCGCUUUCUUUUCAUGUUCGUGUGCCAACCGUGGACCUAUCCUGCCCGUCCUUGUCUCUUUUUGCACCCUCACUUUCCUCCCCCUCUCCAGACGUGUGUGUGUGUCAUUGUUUCGUGAGUCCUCUCCCCGCUGCACCGUCACCCGUCGGGGUUGUCUGGUCGGGGUCAAGCAGACAGACUGCACCGCGCUCAGCCAGACACACGAAGCUCUGCGGCAUGACUGGAUGGCAGAUGGCCACUGGAGACUAAAAGGCCAGACACACACACACACACACACACACACACACACACCUCGCCCCUCUUAUCCAGAUCAGACCUGCCCGAUGGGAGAGUGUGUAUUUUGGGGGUGCCGCUCCCAGCCUCUUUGUUGUCGUUCAGGUUUUUUUUGUGUGUGUGUGUGUCGUAUUCAGGUUUUAAUCCUGUGUAAACUUAUUAUAACUUUAUUAUAAUGUAUUAUAUUAUCUUACUGAUUUUUUAUUGUGAGUUUGACAGUAUAUGUGUGACAUUGAGGGGUAGAACUAGAACCUUUUGCACAGGUUUGAGACAUUGGAAGAAAAAUCAGUUGACAUGAAGCAGUGAAAUCUUUUCUUGUUGACUCAAAAUACCCGUUUUGACGUAUGAUCUGAUCUGGGAUGCAUCCUUCUAAAUCCUGUUAUUUAGCAGGUGCAUGGCGAUUUCUUUAAUAGCUUUAUUUUAAUUUAGAUUGGUUUGUGUUUUACUUAUUGCCCUGGUGACCAAAAAAGACAAAAGCAUGAGUAAAAAAAUGCGACGCUCUGAUAUUUUGCAGUGGACGUUUUGCGAUCCGUCACUUAAGAACCUGUAUUUACUUUGAAGAAAUUGAUAUGUGAAGUUGCAGAUGUUAUAACACUAUAUAACCCAUAACUGUCCAUUAAUCAGGCUUUGUAAUUGUGUAUUAUAACACAGGCCAGUCUGCAUGUAGUCAUGUACGCUGCGUGUAUCAGUUUUGAAGGAGAUUAUAGGAACUUUUCAGAGAGCAGCUGAGUCGUCUGCUGCUUCUGUUAUUAAUUAUUUGUUUUGUUUUUAAU